AAUGGACUGCUACUGAACAAGCUCUCCUUGAUUGCAUCUCAUAAAGGGCCUGUUGCUAUCAACAUGACACACAAACAGAAAGCAUUGAGCAGGGGUGAUGCAUGCAGAAAGCGAAGUAUGCAUGAGGAGUCACAAAGGAGACGGAGCGAACAGAUUGCUCAAGAGAACCUGGCCCUUCUGAAGCGCAUUCAAGAUAAACAACGAAAACCAUCGAAGGAACUGGAUGCGAGUCUUCAUGCCAAAUCAUGGAGAGAAAAACAGAGGUAUUGCAAGCUCGCAAGCCAUUUCAGCAAUCCUUGAAAGUUGAAGCUCGACUAUGAGACACGGCUAUUGAUGGUUGCUUCCAGAGAUUCGGUACACGGGUUUAUGUCAUAGCAGCAUGAGAUCCGAAGUGUGGUCUGCGAAUCCAAGAUGCCUAUGAAGAUGGAUGAGAGAAAGAAAAGAGGUGCCAAGUGUGAACGAGGAGAUGAAGAAGAUGAUGAUGGUAAUGAUGAGAAAGACGAGGACGAGCAGGGUGUGUGGAGUAGGAAGAGCCGGCCAGGCGGUGUGUUUUUCCAACUAAGACAAAUAAUUUCUUCGAGAAAGAAAAGACGGUAAAGGCGACACAAGACACGUGGACAUAAGUCCGAUAUCGAUAAGCUCAACGAUUUCCGUCUGGCAGCGAGCAGAGCAAAUCAAGACAAAAACCGUUU